AUGUCGGUUCGAAAGGAACUACGGGGCAGCGAGGAAACUCUCAAAACGCCAGUUAUUUUUACUACCAAGGCGGACAUUUGGCCCCCAUUUCAAAUGAACAUAAUUAGCGGGAUGGAAUCCUUGGUUGAGCUACCCAGCAUGUCAACCACAGCAGGAGCGGUCAACACGACAACGGACGUCAAAAGGCAGGCUGAAGAAGAGGAAGAGAAGGAAGAUAACAAAGAGGAAGAGUGUGGACGCGAGGCAGUGUCAAGUAGAAAACGGAUAACCUAUCCAUUUGAUGGUGCGUUGCAUUAA